CCCCAGCCGAAAGCGCCGCAAAGCCCCGCCUCUGUCCGGGUGUGGGGGGUGGGCCUGCCAGGUCUGCGUCGCCGCCACAGCUCCGGGCGGGCCGGCAGAGGCUGGGGGGAUGGCUCGGAUGGUCUAUGGGGCCAGCUGUCCCUCAGGUAGGCGACAUCCCUACUCCGGGCUUCAGUUCCCGUGUCUGCAAAACUGGGGCGAGAGCAGGAUUUAAAAGCAAUACCGCGCGUAAGUCUCUCACGAGCGCCAGGCUUAGGUUGGCCUGCCUCGAUCUGGGGGGUCCUAACGUAGCCGGCAGGGCCUCAAGGGUCGCCGCGAUGGACUCACUGGCAGCGCCCCAGGACCGCCUGGUAGAGCAACUGCUGUCGCCACGGACCCAGGCCCAGAGGCGGCUCAAGGAUAUCGACAAGCAGUACGUGGGCUUCGCCACACUGCCCAACCAGGUACAUAGAAAAUCGGUGAAGAAAGGCUUUGACUUCACGCUCAUGGUGGCUGGUGAGUCAGGCCUGGGGAAGUCAACGCUGGUCCACAGCCUCUUCCUGACUGACCUAUACAAAGACAGAAAGCUGCUGAGUGCUGAAGAACGCAUCAACCAGACAGUAGAGAUCCUGAAGCACACAGUAGACAUUGAAGAGAAGGGAGUCAAAUUGAAGCUCACCAUUGUAGAUACACCAGGCUUUGGGGAUGCUGUCAACAAUUCUGAAUGCUGGAAGCCUAUCAGUGAUUACGUGGACCAGCAGUUUGAGCAGUAUUUCCGUGAUGAGAGUGGCCUCAACCGCAAGAACAUUCAGGACAAUCGGGUGCACUGCUGCCUGUACUUCAUCUCCCCAUUUGGGCAUGGGCUGCGGCCAGUGGAUGUGGGUUUCAUGAAGGCUCUACACGAGAAGGUGAACAUUGUGCCACUCAUCGCCAAAGCUGACUGCCUGGUCCCCAGCGAGACCCGGAAGCUGAAGGAGCGGAUCCGGGAGGAGAUUGAUAAGUUUGGGAUCCAUGUGUACCAGUUCCCAGAAUGUGACUCGGAUGAGGAUGAAGACUUUAAGCAGCAGGACCGGGAACUAAAGGAGAGUGCUCCCUUUGCUGUUAUUGGCAGCAACACAGUGGUGGAAGCCAAAGGGCAGCGAGUCCGGGGGCGACUGUAUCCCUGGGGGAUCGUGGAGGUGGAGAAUCAGGCGCACUGCGACUUCGUGAAGCUUCGCAACAUGCUUAUUCGCACUCACAUGCACGACCUCAAGGAUGUGACUUGCGACGUGCACUAUGAGAACUACCGUGCGCACUGCAUCCAGCAAAUGACCAGUAAACUGACCCAGGACAGCCGCAUGGAGAGCCCCAUCCCCAUCCUACCACUGCCCACCCCAGAUGCUGAAACUGAGAAGCUCAUCAGAAUGAAGGACGAGGAGCUACGGCGAAUGCAAGAGAUGUUGCAGAAGAUGAAGCAGCAAAUGCAGGACCAGUGACGCUGCUGCUUCACCCCAAGUCGCAAGGGAUGGGCCACCCGCCUCUGGCCUCUCCCACCCCUGGACCCCAAACUGGCCUGGAUUCCACCCUGGAUUCACUUGGAUCUCAGAGGGGCCUGGACCCAACCCUAAACCCAGAGUGGCCCUGACGGGACUGUUCCCAACCCAGAGACAUGGAGCCACGCCUGCCCCCCCACAGCCCUAAUUUAUUCUCAGCAUCAGCCUCUCCAGGUCAUUUGUAUCUGUUCCCUAGGGGCCUAGACAACAGUUCCCAUCUUAAAAAAUACCACCCCC